GAAAGAUACUCAGCUUCAGGCAUUUGUGAAGAAAGUCAUAAUGAGUCAUCUCUUUAAGAUAAUUAUGAUUAGCGCCAUCUCAAUGAAUGCCUUUUUUAUGGUCUUGUGGACUGAUUAUAAAACAAGAUACAACUUGUUCAGACUUUUUGAGGUCUCAGAGCUCAUCUUUGUGUCCAUCUAUAGCUCUGAGUUCUGCAUGAAACUCUACGUGGACCCCGUCAACUACUGGAAGGAUGGCUACAACCUGCUCGAUGUGGUCAUUAUCAUCAUCAUCUUCAUCCCCUACAGUCUCCGCAAGAUCAAGGGCAAGCACUACCCCUACCUCAACAUCGCCGACGGUGUGCAGUCCCUGCGCAUCCUCAAGCUUAUCACCUACAGCCGCGGCAUCCGGACACUCAUCACUGCCAUGGGGCAGACAGCCUACACCGUGGCCUCCGUGCUCAUCCUGUUCUUCAUCCUAAUGUACAUCUUUGCCAUCCUGGGCUUCUGCCUGUUUGGACUUCCAGAGGGGGGUGACAUGAAUAACUGGGGGAACCUGGCUUUGGCCUUCUUCACCCUCUUCAGCUUGGCCACGGUCGAUGGCUGGACAGACCUGCAGGAGCAGCUGGAUGCCCGGAAUUUGAUUCUGAGCCGUUCGUUCACCAUCAUCUUCAUCUUGCUUGCCUCCUUUGUCUUCCUCAGCAUGUUUGUGGGUGUGAUGAUCAUCCACACGGAGGACUCCAUCAAAAAGUUUGAGCAGGAGCUGAUGCUGGAGAGACGCAUGAACCUCAUGGAAGAGAAGCAAGUGAUUUUGAAGCGGCAGCAGGAAGAGGUUGGCAAGCUGAUGCAGACCCAGAAAGAUCUUGACCACAAGAGUUUCACUGAACUGGUGGAGAAGUUUAAGAAGACUUUACGGCACACUGACCCCAUGGUCUUGGAUGAUUUUGGCACUAGCCUGCCCUUCAUUGACAUCUACUUGUCCACCCUGGAUAACCAGGAUGCUACCAUCUACAAGCUUCAGGAGCUGUACUAUGAGAUCGUGCACGUGCUGAGCCUCAUGCUUGAAGACUUGCCCCAGAAGAAGCAGUCCCAGUCCUCGGAGAAGGUCGAUGAGAAGUAGCUGGAUGUGGGCACCCAGCCACCAUGGGCCUCGCGGGCUGUGACCCGCCUCCCCUCACCGCCCCCCAU